AUGAAUUGCUCCACAUUGCUAUCUCUCGUGUUGAUGCUGGUUCAACUUUGGCCUUGCUCUCUAGGCACACAGAACUGCAGCACUCAAAAUGCAGAACAGUCUUUCACAGCAGUUCGAAGAGUGAAACGUGGCUGGGUAUGGGAGCCACUUUUUGCAACUGAGGAACAGACUUCAAAGGUGCCUGUGUAUGUCGGACAGCUGAAAUCAGAUUUAGACAAGCAGGAUGAGAACCUAAAAUACAUUUUGAUUGGGGAGGGAGCUGGAAGCAUUUUUAUCAUUGAUGAAAAUAAUGGCAAAAUUUACGUGACACAAAAGCUGGAUCGAGAAAAGAAACCUUUCUACACUCUAAGAGCACAAGUGGUUAACAGGAGCACUCAACUUCCUGUUGAACCUGAAUCAGAAUUUAUUAUCAAGGUUCGAGAUGUCAAUGAUCAUGAACCACAGUUCUUGGAUGAACCUUAUGUGGCCACUGUUCCAGAGAUGUCUCCUGAAGGUACUUCGGUUACACAGGUAACAGCUACAGAUGGUGAUGAUCCUUCUUACGGGAACAGUGCCCGUCUGCUUUACAGUCUUAUUCAGGGACAGCCUUAUUUCUCUGUGGAGCCAAAGACAGGGGUCAUCAGAAUGGCUUCCCAAAUGGAUAGAGAAACAAAAGAUCAGUAUUUGGUCAUCAUCCAAGCCAAAGAUAUGGUUGGGGAAAGGGUGGGGAAAGGGGGGGCGUUUUCAGCACCAGCCACUGUUACCAUCAACCUCUCCGACAUCAAUGACAAUCCACCUAAAUUUCAACAGCGACUCUACUACAUGAGCGUCUCUGAAGAGGCUCCUGUGGGCACUACUGUAGGCAAAGUCUUUGCAGAAGACAGCGACAUAGGGGAAAAUGCAGCCAUGAAUUAUUUCAUUGAAGGAGAUAGCUCAGAUGUUUUUGACAUCAUUACUAACAAUGAGACUCAAGAAGGAAUUGUCUUAUUAAAAAAGAGAGUGGAUUAUGAGAGCAGGAGGAGAUACAGUAUUCAAGCAAAAGUUGAAAACAGGUACAUUGAUGACCGUUUUCUGAAAGAAGGACCAUUUGAAGACAAAACCAUUGUCAAAAUCAAUGUGGAAGAUGCUGAUGAGCCUCCAGUUUUCACCUUGGAGAAUUACAUCAUGGAGAUUUCUGAAGCAGCUGUGACUGGCUCGUUGGUGGGCGCUGUAACUGCCAGAGACCCAGACGAUGAUGACUGUCCAGUCAGGUAUUCUAUUGUCCAUGGCAUGCAUUUAAAGAGAUUGUUCAGCAUCAAUGAGUACAAUGGAACAAUCAUUACAACUAAACCUCUGGACCGAGAGAUAGCUUCUUGGCACAACAUAACUGUUACAGCCACAGAAACAAGAAAUCCUGAAAAAAUUUCAGAAGCAAAUGUGUAUAUUCAAGUUCUUGAUGUUAAUGAUCAUGCACCAGAGUUCCCUAAAUAUUAUGAAACAUUUGUUUGUGAAAAUGCAGUUUCUGGCCAGCUAAUUCAAAGCAUCAGUGCAGUGGAUCAAGACGACUCAGCAGAAGGUCACCAUUUUUACUUCUCAUUGGCUCAGGAGGCCAAAAACAACUCACAUUUUACUGUCAAAGAUAAUCAAGAUAACACAGCUGGAAUUUUCACAGCAAAAAGUGGCUUCAGGAGGCAAGAGCAGUUUUAUUUUUACUUGCCAAUCUUAAUUCUGGACAAUGGAACCCCACCACUGACAAGCACAAAUACUCUCACUAUCACUGUCUGUGACUGUGACACUGAAGUUAACACCUUCUACUGUCGAUAUGGAGCUUUCAUGUAUGCCAUGGGUCUCAGCACAGAAGCUUUAGUUGCUGUUUUGGCUUGCAUACUAAUACUCCUAGUGUUCUUUUUGGCAAUUUUAGCCAUAAGGCAGCAGAGGAAGAAGUCUCCCUUUUCAGAAAAAAUGGAAGAAUUCCGAGAGAACAUUGUCAGGUAUGAUGAUGAAGGAGGUGGUGAGGAGGACACAGAAGCCUUUGAUAUUUCAGCACUGAGGACCCGCACCAUCAUGCGAACACACAAACCUCGGAAGACAGUCACCACAGAAAUCCACAGCCUCUACAGACAGUCUCUGCAGGUUGGCCCUGACAACGAAAUCUUCAGGCAAUUCAUUUCAGAAAAGCUUGAAGAAGCCAAUACAGAUCCUAGUGCUCCUCCAUAUGACUCACUUCAGACCUAUAUAUUUGAGGGGACUGGCUCUUUGGCAGGAUCCCUCAGCUCUUUGGGUUCAAACAUGUCAGAUGUGGAUCAGUGCUAUGAUUACCUUACAGACUGGGGACCUCACUUUGAACAGCUUGCAGGCAUGUACACUUCCCCGAGAAGUGUGGAGGAUUAGCCGUUCUUUGGUUUGUUGUUUUAUUUUCCUAAAUCUCAGCAACGAAAAAU